AUGUGCCCUGUGAGUGACCUUUUAAUUAUUGUUCUUUUUAAAUCUGUGGACAGAUAUCGCCAAAUUUUGGAAAAAGCCAUUCAGCUGUCGGGUGUAGAACAACUUGAAGCUUUGAAAGCUUUUGUAGAAGCAAUGGUGAAUGAGAAUGUCAGUCUAGUGAUCUCACGUCAGCUACUGACAGAUUUCUGUACCCACCUUCCCAGUCUUCCUGACAGCACAGCCAAAGAAAUUUACCACUUCACCUUGGAAAAGAUACAGCCUAGAGUUAUCUCCUUUGAAGAGCAGGUCGCUUCCAUCAGGCAACAUCUUGCAUCAAUCUAUGAGAAGGAAGAAGACUGGAGAAAUGCAGCACAAGUAUUGGUGGGGAUCCCUUUGGAAACAGGGCAGAAACAAUACAAUGUGGAUUAUAAACUGGAGACCUACCUGAAAAUUGCCAGGUUGUAUCUGGAGGAUGAUGAUCCAGUUCAAGCAGAAGCUUAUAUUAAUAGAGCUUCCUUGCUUCAGAAUGAAUCAACAAAUGAGCAGCUGCAAAUCCAUUAUAAGGUUUGCUAUGCUCGAGUUCUUGAUUACAGAAGGAAAUUCAUUGAGGCUGCCCAGAGGUACAACGAGCUCUCCUAUAAGAGCAUAGUCCACGAAACUGAGCGACUGGAGGCACUGAAACAUGCUUUGCAUUGUACUAUUUUAGCAUCAGCAGGACAGCAGCGUUCUCGCAUGCUUGCUACACUCUUCAAGGAUGAGAGAUGCCAACAGCUUGCAGCCUAUGGGAUCCUGGAGAAAAUGUAUCUGGACAGAAUUAUCCGUGGAAAUCAACUGCAAGAGUUUGCAGCGAUGCUGAUGCCUCACCAGAAAGCAACCACAGCUGAUGGUUCCAGCAUCCUGGACAGAGCUGUUAUUGAACACAACUUACUAUCUGCAAGCAAACUUUACAACAACAUUACUUUUGAAGAGCUUGGAGCAUUACUAGAGAUUCCUGCAGCUAAGGCAGAAAAGAUAGCUUCUCAGAUGAUAACUGAGGGUCGCAUGAAUGGAUUCAUCGAUCAGAUUGAUGGAAUUGUUCACUUUGAGACUCGUGAAGCUUUGCCAACCUGGGACAAGCAGAUUCAGUCACUGUGUUUCCAGGUUAACAACCUGCUGGAGAAGAUAAGUCAGACAGCCCCAGAAUGGACAGCUCAGGCAAUGGAGGCUCAGAUGGCUCAGUGACUGUGCAGCCAUUGUCUGAAUGGAGGCAAUAAACUGCCUGCUGUGCUGGAAGAAGAGAACUGAGUAGGACUGAGAACCAAAUGAGGAACUCACCUUUAUUUCCCCACCUUCUGCUUUCACUCUGUUUUAGAACACAAUUAGGUGAUACCAUCUUUGGUUUGACAGCCCCACAGUUUCCUGAGCACAGAGUGAUGCUGUUGCUGUUUCUACAUUGUUCUCUUUUGUACCCUGCUGUCCUGAAAGCUGUGGUUUCCAAGUAGAAGAAGCUGUAAUGUCUGAAGGAAGCUUUGGUUUUGGUUUAUUUAAUUUAAUUUUUUUCCACUGUAUUGCUAUAGCUUUGUAGCCCAUUAUUUCCUAUGAUGCUUGUCCUGCUGUAAAAAUGUAAGUGCCAUUUUCUUUUAGUUGUAAUAAAGGCUGGAAUGAGCCA